AUGACCAAGCAGCCCGUCCAUCUUUUAAAGAAAAAGGGGAAGUCCGCGGUCAAGGUGACCCCCAAGCCUGCCAAGCCGGCGCCUCUCGCCAGCUCGCCCGAGCAGAAGGUCCUGUUGAAGUUCGUGAGUGCCACCGGGGAGGAGGCCGAAGCCCUGAAGCUGGCGCUGUUGAACGAGCAAGGCGAAGCCGAAGGGCAUUACCAGUUUUUCUACAGGACUAAGGAGAUCAAGACACAACUCAGCACAUUCCUGACUUCCAUCGGGGAACAGCCUUCGGAAGUCGCUCUCAAGGUCGUCUACCACCCCAUCGCCAACUUCCGGGUGCGGCCCAUCACCCGCUCCUCCUGUUCCCUGAUGGGGCACACCGACUCCGUGGUGGCAGUGGCCUUUUCGCCCGAUGGACGGUUGCUGGCCACAGGCUCGGGUGACGCGACAGUCCGCAUCUGGGAUAUGAACACACACUCACCCCUCGCCACUCUGGAGAAGCACAACAACUGGGUGCUGGUGGUUGCCUUCCGAAGUGACAUGGAGUACCUGGCGACUGCUGACGCGAACGGAGUGGUCUUCUGCUGGGACCGAGACGGCCUAUCGACUGCCAAGGUACAGGCCCACAAAGGCCCGGUCAUGGCACUAGCUUGGGAGCCUUUACACUUGGCCGAGCAGCCUUUGCUGGCCUCAGCGGGGAAGGAUGGCUCCAUCAAAAUAAUGAUCUUCCCGCUCGGCAACACCGUGCUAACCUUCCAGGCGCACCAAAAGCCGAUCACGAAGUUGCUCUGGAGUGGAGAGGACCGGCUGUAUAGCUGUUCCGAGGAUCAGACAAUCCGGGCCUGGAGCCGGGGCGGUAAACUCCAGCUGGAGUUCAACAAGCACGCUCACUGGGUCAACGCGAUCUCCCUUUCGACAGAGCACCUGUUGCGGGGCGGGGGCUUCGAUCACAGUCACACGGCCUUUACGGACAGGAAAAGCAUGCGGGAGCGGGCAAUCGAGCUAUACAAGGGUCGGUCUCUGCCGGAGCGACUGGUUUCCGCAAGCGACGACCACACUCUGCAACUGUUCAGGACUGACAGCAGCAAGCCUCUGGCGCGACUAGUGGGUCACCAGCAGCCGGUGAACCACGUACAGUUUUCUCCGAAUGGGCAGUUCAUAAUAUCUUGCUCCUUCGACAAGUCCCUGCGGUUAUGGGACGGACACUCAGGUGAGUUCAUGGCUACUCUGCGGGGCCACGUGGGGGCCAUCUACAUGGUCAGCUGGAGUGCCGACUCGCGGUACGUCGUCUCCGGCAGCAAGGACUCCACCAUGAAGGUCUGGGACAUCCGCACGCGCAAACUCAUGUUCGACCUGCCGGGACACGCCGACGAGGUCUACGCUCUCGACUGGAGCAGGGACGGCAUGAGGGUGGCCUCGGGAGGCAAGGAUCGGCAGGUCAAGAUCUGGAGCAAUUGA